AACACAUCAGACAGAUAGAUAUGAUUAUCCAUGUGCAAUGAUCACCUCAUCUGAUAAAUAUAGUAUAUAUACCGAGAAGAGACUUCAUUGUAUCAUAAACUCUUGUUACAUAUACACCACUUGACCAUUCAGCUAUCGUUGUGUGGAAAUAUACAGUUAUAAUGAGCAUCCUUUACAGAGAAACGACACUUAAGUCAAUGGGUUAUGUUGAGACCCCGGAAUACUGCUACAGCGAGAUUUUACAGAGACGUCCAUCAAUGCAAGGUUCAUGCUGGUUUAUCCUGUUUACAAAAGCACUGGGGUAUUUCCUCAUCGGCAGUGCAACUAUAAGUCAAAUUCCUCAAAUAUUCAAAAUACUUCGUCGGCGAAAUGCUUCUGGAGUCAGUUUCCUCAGCAUGCUGCUGAUGCUGGAAGCGUCCUCUUCAAGUGUAGCAUACUCACUAUCGAAGGAAUACCCAAUCAAUUCGUGGGGAGAGAAUUUAGUGUUCAUGCUUCAGAAUGUGAUUUUGGUGUGCCUUUUGCUACGCUACAACAAACGCCCCCUAGCGUCACUUUCCUUUAUGAUUUUCUACAUCGUUGUGAUGAUCGUCCUCAUCCUUCCCGUCAUUCCUAGCGAUGUCAUCUUAUUCAUCAAUAUCAUCGGUCUUCCAGCAGCUAGUGCGAGCCGGAUUAUACAGAUAUACACGAAUCACAAAAACAAAAGUGCAGGACAACUGUCAGCAGCGUCAACGUUUUUGUGUAUAUUCCAAAGUUGUGGACGAUUAACAACGUCGAUUGUUCUUACAAAAGACUGGAUUAUGAUUUUGACAUUCAUACAAGUUAUCAUACUCAACAUUAUUUUGACGUGCCAGGUUCUCUACUACAGAAGAAAAACAAAAACAAAGUAGAAAAAAAAUAUAACUAUUUAAGACAUUUUCUAUUAAUAUGUAACUGAAAAUUCUCAAGUGCCAACAGUGAAAAUAUAAUGAUGUAUAUAAUUUCAAAACAAUGUAUUGAAAUAAUCUCAGGAUGCUAGUGUUUGUAUGAAAUUAUUAAUUUCGAAAGGAAAAGUGAGAGUUGGUAUGCUAUUAAAUUUACCUAAUAGAUGUGACAUAUAAAUGGCUAAAUAUUGACUGAGUAAAUGGUUUAGAAUUUACUGUGUGCGUUAUUGCAGAAAAUAGCUUGUGUUACAAAGUAUUGAUGUGUUGUGUGAUGGUUGUAAGCAUUAUAAUUAGUAAGGUUGUCAAAUGUUGGUAUGUUUAUGUUGUUGUGACAGAAAAUGUUUAGUAAGAGAGUUUGUGAUAUCAUAAGUAACACAAGGCGAAUGUAUGCAUUUAUUCAACUCCAUUUCGUCUGAUGGAAAUAGAACAUUGUAUCACCGCAUAUCUACAGAAAAUAUUUUUUACAUUAUUCAUAAUGUUAUCUCAUUGCUUCAUAAUGCAUUUUUGUACAAAAUAAAAUACUCAUCUGACUUAA